CAAUUGGAUUCGGCCAUUGGGGCUACAGCCGCGUCUGCACUGAAGCAGGGCGAAGAGGAAGGAGGCGGUCAUGGCGUACGGGGGCCUUGCAGUGCCUAUCAUCGUCAUGAGCGUUUUCUGGGGGGUGGUCGGCGGUGCUCUGCCGUGGUUUGUGCCCAAGGGACCCAACCGGGGUGUUAUCAACACAAUGCUGGUGACAUGUGCUGUUUGCUGCUACCUCUUCUGGCUGAUUGCAAUUCUGGCUCAGCUCAACCCACUCUUUGGGCCGCAGUUGGACACUAAAAUAAUCCGAUAUCUAGCGAAUCAUUGGCCUUAAUGAUGUCCUCUUGCAAUGCAAAUGGAACUAGGGUGUGAAGAGUGCUCCGUUGAUCCAAAGAUGCACUGAAAAUAUUUUGAAUCCAACCACGUCUAAUGCCUUACUACAUGCAUUGUUGUUUUCUUAAAACAUUGUUCUCUUUUUUACAUCUCUGAAAGUGCCUAAUACAGUCUUGAAUCUCAAGUGAUAUGAAAUAUCUAGUCUUCUCUCCACUGCUCUGAUGACUAGAUAGAAUAGAGAUCUGCCUAUCUCACUUGGAACUUCUGCCUUACCAGUUUUGUACUAGACUGCCUUGUGAUUAAAUUUACCAGCAUGUUUGAUUUAAAAUGAAGAUGUCAGGGGAUUGUCUGUCUGAUAACUUAAAUAAAAUUAUUUUCUACUUAA